UGAGGCAAGGCAGAGCCAGCAGCAAGUGUGGUGACUGCCAGGCCACAGUGGAAGGGCGAGGCUGUGGUGAGUGGCGGUGAAGGUCACGGUGACGUCAGGAGGCGGGAGUUGCGCGGGGCGGUCGCGCCUAGGAAGGCGAGGCAACACAGAUGCCAUCACUGCCUCUUAGCCGACAGUGACCACAGUGUCACCUCGAUCCGACUCAGUACUCGCCACGAACGAACGAGGCUGUCAGCAGUCCCCUGCGACACCCGAGUUCCGAGGGACCUCGACUCGCCAAGGAGGUGACCACGUGACAGUGCACCGCGGACUCUCCUUUCCUCCUAUUGCUCGUUGUCCUGCGAGGCAAAGGUGAAGGCGUGGGUCCCCCUGUGCCGCCCUCCUCAACGCCACGCCAGCACAGUGCUCACGCGCGACGCUCCGGGGACUCUCAAUUCCUCCUUCACCACACACGCGGUGCCCACUGUUGUGAAUCUGCGGUGACGAUGUGAGGAGGAGGAUUGUGUUGACUUGUGAUGCCCAGUGUGUUGUGCCACGGGACCUAGAGGCAGUGCCAGACAGAGUGCCGGGACAGUGUCUGCCAAGCUAGGGUCGCGGCGAGGCAAGGCCGCCCCACACCAGUGUUCUGCACGAACUGUUCGCCAGUAAUGCGCGCAUAAAAAUGUCUGACGAAAGCAUGGCCAGCGAAUACGUCGCGGACUUCAUGCUGGAGCCGCUGGAGCAGGUGAUGGGAGUCAAGGAGCACAAAGACCUGGACGGCAUGGGUGGCGUGGGCAUGGGCCGUGUGCCCACCCACAUGAUGACUUCCCACAUGCCCAACAUGGCCCCAGGCGCCUGGAUGAGCCACCACCACUACCAUCACACGGGCAGCCUCACUCCAUCCACUGUGCCCACGUCGCAGGUCAAGCAGCAGUCACAGGUGCCCACCACUCCCCCAGACACCCCGCCGGGCGCCUCACCCAACAACGGCUCCCUCUCAGCCUCGCCUCACUUCCAGGGCAUGCAGCAGCAUCCGCUCAUGGACGACCUGUGUUAUUACAAUCGGUACAUCCACGAGCCCCUGGACCUGCGGCCCGGCCCGCCGUGCGGUGGCGAGCAGAUGGAGCCGCAGUGGAUGCUGGAUCGAAAAUGGGACAAUGUUCAGCAGCGCCACCCACUCACCCCGCUGGGCAACGGCGUCAAGGGCACCACCGACCUGCAGGGCCCCUGCCAGAUGAGCCUGCCCACGCUGUCUCAACCUUCUGGCAUGUACUGCAUCUCAGACGACGAGCUCGUCUCCCUCUCGGUGCGGGAGCUCAACCGCAAACUCCACCACAUGCCCAAGGACCAACAGACCAAGUUCAAGCAGAGACGGCGAACGCUAAAGAAUCGCGGUUACGCCCAAAGUUGUCGCACUAAACGCCAGAACUACAAGGUAGACUUGGAGAAUAAACUAAAAACUGCCGAGAAUGACAUCUACCACUACAAUCAGCUGGCCAACAAGUAUAAGUCCACCAUCGACACGCUCAGGCAUGACAAUGAGAUACUGAGGAAGAACUUGGAAAGCGUUAGGGCGGAACUAAACUCAUAUAGGCAGCAGCUGCACCAGCAGCAGCAACAACAACAGCAGCAGCAGCAACAGCAGCAGCAAAAAUCAUCACAACAGCAGCCUACACAUCAGACGCCAGACGCGCCACCAAGCAGCCAGGAGCUCUACUCCAUGUGACCG